CGUCGUACAGCAAACAUGGCGGCCUCCAGUGGAAAAACCGUGGGAUAUUUUCUUUGGAAAUUCGAAAAUUGCUGCUUCAAUUUUAACACAGUCUCGUCAAAUUUAACUGGCCAGGUGCUGUCCAGACAGCUAUGUGUGAGUGCUGUUCUCCACAGGAAGAACCUGGCUGCAGCGGGCCCAGAGAAGUUCUCAGAGGAGUUCAUCAAGAAGCAGGUGGAGGAGUUCAACAUCGGGAAGAGACAUCUAGCCAACAUGAUGUGAGAGGACCCUGAGACCUUCACUCAGGGGGACAUUAAU